AUGCCAUGCAAAAGUAAAAAAACUACCGAGAGCUCAAAGAGGCGCCUUUCACAAAAUAGUACACUAGAAAAGUCCCUAGCUAUCAACAAUACAUCCGAGGACUACGUUAAUCACGAAUCGUCGAAUACAUCUCCAACCUUGCCACUUGCCAAGCGACAAUGCAUUGACCUUCGAGACUCAAAUCAAGCAUCAUUAAAAUACGAAGGAAGCCCAGAAACUGAUCCAGAUGAUACUGAGAAAAGUGUAUCAAAUAUAUCUCAGGAUAUACAGAAGGAUUUUGUAAAAAAUGAUACCAAAAAUGAACGCAUUUCAUCAAAGAUAAAUACCAGUGAUGAAUCAGAAAGAGUCCUUUUAAUUCAGAAAUCCCGAAUAAGCACAGGAAUUACCAAACUACUAAGAAGAAAUGAUGGAUUGGAUGAAAAUGAUACCGUUAAGCUUCUAGUCCCAUCAAAAAGCAAGAGUACUCCAAUUAAGCUAGAAGGAAGUCUCCAAGACAGUAUAAGCAUGCGAAGUCUAUCUUUUGGAAGGGGUUUCAAUCACGCUAGAUCAUCUCUUACGGACCCAAAGUCUUUUACAAAAACAGAAAAUGCUGUCCAAAUGAAGAAACCAGACACUAUUUUGCCACAGCUGAAUACUCAACAAAACCACCCUUUAAAUCCUACUAAAGCAAAUAUAGAAGCAAACACAAGCACUGAGCUGAUGCCGCCUCCAAAAAGCACAAUUCCAUUAAAGUUUCAGUUUGCAGACAUUCCAUCAGAAAAUCAAGCUACGCUUGUAGUAGAAUCAAUUGAGAGAAUUGAAAACAAGAGGGAAAGAACAACAAAUGAAAGCAUUAGCACCACAACUACCCAAGAAUUCGAUGAUGAAUUUCUGGACAUAUUAGAUGUCACUCCAGAUUGGGUAAAGAGCCCGAUGUUUGAACAGCUUCUCGAAAAACAAACCCACAUGGAUCCAGAUAAAAUAUUUGGUCGAAUCCCACCUAUAGAUUUAAAAAAUAUCUUCACAAAGCCACGCAAAACAAAGCACUGAGAAGUUUAUAUAUCAGUAAUCAAUGCAUGAGCACUCAAGUAUCUGGUCACUCGGAUAAAUGCACACAUAUGUAGAAAGCAAAAACAAAAAAGCAAAACGCAUAACAACAAUAUUGAUAUGGAAAAUAAGGAAGUUUCUCCAGUAAAUAGUAAGGGUCAACAAUUCAAUAUAUCAAAUCAGUACAUAACAUUAGCCAAAACAGUAAUAAUUAUAAUAGCUCUAAUGUGUAGACCAUACAUAUGUAAAUUAAAAAUUAUUAAAGAAUUCAUUUAACAAAAAAAAAAUAAGCAACAACAACAACAGCAUUUAAUCAAGAUUUUAAGGUAGUCUAUAAUAAGGUGGUGUAUAUAUAAAACAAAAAUCAAUACAAUCAAUGCUCACAGAGCUUAUCUAUU